GUCGAGAAUCAUUGGCAGGGAUACCCUCGAUUUUCGGCCUUGAUGGCCGCACAUGACGCCUUUCAUAUCUUCAGACGCUUUCCAGGACUUCGUACACGCCUUCUACUGCUUGCUCAGGACGAAAUAGUCGAUCUAGAAGAGCAGCUAAAUCUAGUUGACCAUACAGAAAAGUCGCCUCUAUUUCUAGCUUCACGGCGGGAGGACAAAAACGAGGAGCGAAAAACGAUAAUCUCCAAACUACGCACCAGUCUCGCCGCAUAUGAUGAACUGCUGCAAGGGAGCCAAAGAGCACUUGCAUAUGAAAGGCCACACCAGAAAUACACCUCAAGUCUCCAGCAUUGGCUCGCAGGAAAUGCUUGCAUUGCGAGAAAGGAGACAGCCUUUCUGAAAAACGAGAAAGACCUGUUGACACUGUCCUCUACGGAGGACGGGGUAGUAAAAUGGCUAGAAAGGACAGUCUGUGACAAGAUUGUGUGCCGUUUAGGAAAGGGGAGUAUUUCAUUGCCAAAAUCAAGAGACCCUCGUGUACACAUCUUUCCACGGUCCUCAACAGUGACAGUAGCAAGAGCGAUUCUCAGUCCCCUGAUCGCGUUUCUUCUGCUGGCUCCAGUGAUUGUAUGUAACCUGAUCGAGAGCAUGGCAGCUAGGUUAGUGGUCAUGGUCGGCGCAACAGUUACAUUUGUUUUCUGUGUAUGUCUCUUAACAAAUGCCAGGACAGUAGACCUGGCGGUUGCCGGC